UGUUAAUUUGACCGAGCGGUUCAAGGAAAAGAACAUCAGAAGAUCAAAGAUCAGAAGGAUCCCUGCAAUGUCAAAGCCAAGGUUAGAAGGUAAGGUUGCCAUAAUCACCGGAGCAGCGAGUGGGAUCGGGGAGGCGGCAGCCAGAGUAUUUGCCGCAAAUGGAGCCCGAGUUGUCAUUGCCGAUGUCCAAGAUGAACUGGGCCAUAAAGUUGUGGCUUCCAUAGGCGAAGAAAAAGCAAGUUACAGGCACUGUGAUGUGCGAGACGAAAAGCAGGUGGAAGAGAUGGUGGGCUUCACCUUAGACAAGUAUGGAAGCUUGGACGUUCUGUUCAGCAAUGCAGGGAUCUUGGGUCCCCUAAGCAGCAUUCUAGACAUGGACAUGGAAGAUUUCGACAACACCAUGGUCACCAAUGUGCGAGGGGUGGCAUCGACCAUUAAGCACGCAGGUCGGGCUAUGGUGGAGAGAAAGAUACGCGGCUCGAUCAUCUGCACUGCAAGUGUGGCCGCGGCCUUGGGUGGCUCUGCUCCUCAUGCAUACACCACUUCUAAGCACGCAUUGGUGGGGCUGGUCCGGUCAGCCUGUAGUGAGCUGGGGGCUCAUGGCAUCAGGGUCAACUGCAUCUCCCCUUUCGGAGUCGCUACCCCAUUGGCCUGCAAUGCCUACAAUCUGGAGCCAGAUAGCAUGGAAGCUGUCACUUGUGCUGCAGCCAACUUGAAGGGCACUGUGUUAAAGCCCGCCCAUAUAGCAGAGGCUGCUCUAUUUCUUGCUUCAAACGAAUCAGUUUAUAUCAGUGGACAUAACUUGGCUGUAGACGGAGGAUUCACAGUCGUUAGUCAUAGCUACUCCACCAUCCAAUGAGAGAGAGAGACAGAGCUUUAGUGACUGUGUGUUGGGUUGGAAGGUUCCUAAUUACUUGCAGAUUAGAAAAUUUGUAAAAUAACAAGUCAAAGCCUUGUUAUCAGGACCAUGUGAUGUUCCUUUUUCCUUGGGUUCUGCACUCUCAUCUCGUAUCCUGUGUCCCCAUAAAUCCCUCAAGCUGUCCACCUAAUGUCUCAAAUUUGUUUAUGUUUCUUUUAUUGAAGAAUUUGUUUUCGGCCUCAUCU